AUGAGUCUAUGCUCGGAGCCCUACUCUGAAAAAGGUAGGCAGCACGCAGUCCAUAAACCCACUGCAAAACGUCGCGUCUGUCCUCUGCACACAGAGAAACAACCGAUGAUUGGCCUAAUUUCAUCAGAGCACCAAUCCAGUUAUCAGGUAAGCUCAUAUAAAUCGAAACGGUCACCCGGUAGGAGAUCACAGCGCUGAGAGGACGUCACACGUGUCCGAGAGUCUCAUCGCGACCUACGAAGUACGUGUUGCCCUUCCUUUAACUACCCUACUUUCGUGUUUCCCAGGUAUAUUUUUGACAGUGUUUAAGUAAAACAGGAAAAUAAAGUUAUUUCCUGAUUUUACUUUCGAACGCCCAGAAUCUUCUAGUGCGCGAAACCCACUCCCUUUUUAAUUGUUUUGGUGGCUUGUUCUUAUCGAAACCUCUAAUUUGAGGCAAAGCAACCUAACUUAAUCUUUAAAAGCCAGAGGUCAUAAUCAACAGAAAACGAUGCGUCUUUCGAAACACGUUUUAGGAAAGUACAAGAAUUAUUUGACAAUAUUCCUUAAACUAGAUACUUGAUGCCUACGUCCUGAAAGAGCCAAAAACUUUAAGUGCCAGCCCACCACUGCUACCUGAUCUGUAGUUCCCUUCCCAAUAACCCAGACAUUUACGGCUGCUUACGGAUGGAUGGGCAGUGCUGUCUUGAAUUAGGCCCCCGCGGACACUCGAACUAACCUUGAGUCGAUGGAGUAAUUUCAUGUCCAAGUGGCCUAGGGCUUUUACACGUGACACCCUCAGUCUUCUUUACACCUCUUAGACAGUGCUCACAGUAUGCGAUCAGUCUUACUUGCUUGAUUGCUACAGCUCGUACUGUUUUGGCAAUAUGCAAUACCCGUUAUUUCUAUAGCUUUCUGUCGAUCAAACACUAACCUGUAGGAAAACCUUAUCUUGGGUUAUUUAGUAACCCCAGCCAUCUUCAGAAGUGUAUACAUACGAGGCGUGUAUCUAAUUAUGUUUACAUCUCAUGGUUACAGAAAUAACAGUAUUCACGAUAGUUUCUGUGUGUUAAGUCUUGGUUCGCUCCAAUUUGUUUGGAUUAUGACAUCUGCUUUCCUCGAACUGUUUCUCCCAAGUUCAGCCAGUCUUAACUACCGGAUCGGACGACAUUCCCGAUAUAGAAACCGACUGGUGGGGGAAAAUCCGUAAGACCAUGUUUAGCAGAACGGCAUCUAUGUGAAGACCCAUUUGACAGCAGGAAGAAGUUUCAGUAAGACAGGGGACUAGGUACCUCCUAAUGACAGAUAAUUCUCCACUAAAUUCCAGGGGUAUACCUAUCCCUGUGUCCUACCAAAGUCUCUUCCAUACAGUACAUUACCUUUCUGUCUCGGUCAGCAGCGGGUGCUAAAUGCCAACACGCUUGCACUAAAGCCAGGAAUGACUAAAAGGGAGUCUGCACAAGCAUACUGACGACUUCAUCGGUGCGAGAACUAGGGCACUGUCCCGUUUUUCGGGUGCACGGACUUUGAAAGCACCCACGAUAUGGACGUUCAAGAGUGGUUGGAUGUGAUAGUCUUCGUGAUGCAUUCACCCGAGGCGGGUAUAUGUGGCCGGGGAUAGACCUGGGUGGACGCUCAAUACAUCUGGUAGUUGGGCAUAGCAUGGCGUGGGAUUGUGAAUGCAGCGUCUGGACAGGAUCGGCCGCAGCUUCACGUGAAUGCCCCACCGCAGGCCGUGCAAAAGUCACAGGCACAAAGUGGUUAAUGUAUAGAGCGGACCUGUCCCUUGAGCAACCUUUGGAGUGAAUACCCCCCUCCUCUCGUCGACACACGGCAAUGUGUGGGAACACUGUUUAAUCUGUACCGUCGUGCGGAUAGGAAAUCUGUCUUAUCUGGGCUAAGCAUAGGCUUAGAUAAGUCUCCUUUGGAGGUCGGUGGGCAAUAUGCAAUGUAGCCCCCGAGUCAAGUCUGGGAGAUAUAUGUUGGUGGGUUCCGCGAAGGUAAUUACCUGAAAGCGACGGUGGGCUGCGCGUUAAGAGAAUUAUUGUGAUGAAAAAUAGAAGUGGAUGGACCUCACUUUUUGCAAUUCCAUCACAUUCUAAUAGUUGAGCUAAUCCAGGACCACUGGGGGCAACGACUAAGAAAGCACACUACUACAGGCGGGUAGGUUCCUCUUUAGAAAAUGAAGAUGCGAUCACUGGAACAAGAAAUUUAUUUGCCUGACGUUUCGUAUUCUCACUUGAAUCCAUCAUCAGAGACAUUCGCAUUCACAUCCUUUAUCUGCGAAUGUCUCUGAUGAUAGAUUUGAGUGAGAAUCCGAAACGUCAGGCAAAUAAAUUUCUUGUUCCAAUGAUCGCAUCUUCAUCUUCUGAACUGCUACCUAGAUUCCUCUGCACAAAUAGACCAACUCUUACUCAGCUAGUAAAUCGGACACAGCACAAUGGGCCUGACACUACGGAGCCCACUUAUUCGGUGGGUCUGUAGUCAUCUAGGCAGGCAAACCAGAUUAGCAUGCUAUCCGCACUUCAGGUUGUAGAUUGCUGAGCAACGCCUCUGAAACCAGCACACAGUCAGGUGAUGACGAGUUAAGAGGCUCGCAAUCCGUCCUAAUCUUUGACGUGGGAUAAUGUGGCUGAAGUCAGUGGCAGUUCAGGUAACCUAUCUUCCGAUGUACUUUCAAUUAUUUUACCCUCUUACGUUUCCCCUAGUCGUUUGACCCGAAUUUUGAUAUUUUGUGAGCUGCAACUUCAGCCAUCGCCUUGAGCCGGCUCUCCCCUAACCAUGUGAAUUGCAAUGUCCCUUCUGGAGGGAACAUUAGGAUAAAUAAGACUACAAUGCAAUAAAUGUUUUUCUCCUCGGCCUGCGCACCUGGAAGGAGUGUUUUGUGCCAUACACCUUUUUUCUACCUGGCAGAUGAAAUGAAAUUUGGUUAGCCAGUCUCGGCUUAAAAGUAUGCCUUUGAGCUUUGUACACUACCCAACACGGACAAGUGCCAUUGAAACCAUAAAGAUAGGCCACUGCAGUUGCUUAGAGGUGUUCAUUGUUUUGAGAUACAUAAAAAUAUGGAGGCCGCAAAGACCGAUGUGUACUGCUUCUCGGUGAGGCCCUAUAUAUUAAGGGUGCAAAAUCUUAAACAAACAAUUCUGUCAACAUUCUAAAAAUAUCUACAAGACAAAUAAACAAACCAGAGUAUGGUACGAAUUCUCUUGCCAAUCCAAACAACUUAGCAUGCUGAAAUUUUACCAAAGACUCGUUCGGAUGUCGAAGCCUAUAGCCCUCCGGAAAAUAAAGUACGUUGGACGCGUUUGUGGGAGAAAUCUUUGGCGUCUAAUGAGACGGACAGUAAACAAGAAAAACAGCGUUCACUGACCAGGAUACGAAACCUGCUCGGUCCGUUGCUGUUUGAGGUUCGAUCUCGGGAAUCGCGCUCUGUAUAUAUUACUAGUCGCUGUGCGACUGCCUGCGAGGUUCAAGAUCGAGCACCAAAGCACAAUGGAGAGAACAGGCCCUACAACCCGACCAGUGAACGCCCUUAUAAGUUAGUAUUCCCGAACACGACAGAGAGGACGGGCCUUUGACUCAAUCGGUAGAGCGUUCGACUCGGUGACUAAAGGUCCCGGAUCCGAAUUCCAAGUGCUCCAAACCUGGAGUUGGAAACACCUGGCCAGAAUGGCCAUUUCAGUUUCAUUUGUCUUUAUCGGUGACUUCGUUCUGCAAUGGAAAACUGCACAUGCAUACAGCGACAAUGAACCCGAUCCUGGCCUUCAAAAUGCUUACGCGUUAGCGCGAAAGCUAAACUUUCUGAGGACCGUGCAUGACAGAAUACACACUCGCUAUAUUAUUCAAAAUUCAAAGCUGGAUGAUACGCUAUAUAUAAAUUCAGGACUGCCCGUCAGCAAGUCUUAAUUAUCAGGUAUCGCCGUCCUCGACCGAGGAAAGGAACCGAUGCAGAAGAUGAUCUAAAACCCAAGAUAUUGCGUGCUGCCCUUUACAUGAUGAGUUGGCUCCCUCAGAACAGGCAACGCGGGAGCUGCGCUGGACCAACACAUAGGCCAGAUCGGGACAGUGCACGCGUUAAUCGGACCGUGUAAUCAUAACAAACGCAACAUGUGGGGGAGGUGGUGGCUUGUCUAGGCGUAGGCUUCUUUUCACGCCAGCCACUGCGCAAAUGUCCCUCAUCAGAUGUCCGACCGGAUCGGACGUUGGGAGAGUAAGGCCGACACUGGGGACUGUCUCUCCACGACACUUGGUGCAUAUUCCUCCCUAUAAACAAUAUGGCAUGCCUUCAAAAUAUUACAAGGGUCACUGAGGCAACGGAAUACAUGGACUAGGCCUAAAGAUCGAUGCAUAGACAGAUGGUCACAAAGUACCGCUCAAUCGUGCGCACUAAUGGCUGAUUAAACUCAGUUCAGCAGGCUGAUAUUCUGCACGCAGACACCCUCGCAGCUGUAGGGACCAAAUUAGAAUGCGACCCCCAAACCAGGCUGCACAAACGUAAAAGGGUCACUACAUCAGUCUUUGGGGAACAAGACACCUCUGAUUCUGCUGUUACGAUAAUUGGUGAUGGCAAGACGUGAUUGAGCCAUGGAGAUCUAUGCAUGAAGAAAUCAAGAAUUAUCGCCAUCCCAGCCUGCCUAGCACUUACCAGGCAGACCAACCGGCGCUGCCGAGUUCCAUAAAUGUAGAUUGGCACCGAAAUCAAUGCAGCCAGCUGCCAGACUGUAGGCAGGCCUGGUCUAACACUACCUGUCAUUAAACUAGUUGCUCUGCAGCCCACCUCGUGGCUCUAAUGCUUAGAAGCAUCUCUUCCCAGUACUUGGAACUUCUUCUCUUUGAUUUAGCACUGAGCGCUCCUGCGAAGCGUAUCUUCUCGGAAACUCAUAAAUAUAUAUUUGCUACAUUGCGUCCCCGUGCUUAUAAGGCUAAGUAUUACCCCAGAUAGGUUAUUGCACAGGAGAUUCCAUUGAGCUUGAAAAUUCCGAUCGUAAGUUGAUUUUUAUUUUUAUCAAUGUGUCCUUGGCAGUAUUUCCGGAAUUUCUCCUCUACGCAUUACUUUACAGGUAACAUGGGCCCCAAACCUGCAGUCCUAUUUAUCCUCGCCACGGUGCUUUUGGGUAAGUCAGAAAUGUAUUGCGAUUCAAGUAAGUUAUAGCCUGUGGUAGAGACGAGACUACCACAAAGAACGACUAUUGUGGUGAGAAGAUAAAUAUUCGGGUGAGUAGCCACCGAGAGGAGCCAAAUUCUGGCUCAAGUAGGGCCUUAAGAGGAGGGAAAUCUGUGUUAGUAUAGAGGACCUCACCUAUAUUGCCUUAUUAGCAUGGUAAGACGGCGAAAACUCUACUACAGUGCAAAAACUCCUGACUUACAGCACUAUCCGCGUGAUAAUUACAGAAAAUGUGGCAUUUAUUAUGCGGAGAUCAAUAACCGCUACAAUACUGUUAUAGGCAUUGUUGAAAACAACAACACCGAGGCCAAUUUUUAAACCACCAAACAGAGGACCCACAGCCCAUGACGGAACAGAUUCAUCCUUAUCGCUCUACAGAUCGAAGCUUGAAAGGCCAAAUGUAGCAGUGGCCGCAGAGGAAUAGAUCAGCAACUGUUAGAAGAAUUGAAAGGUGUCGGAAACAUGCGAUAGCCAUGGUAGAUAAGUUCGCCUUUCAAUUUUCUCGACCGUGCUACAGUACUUUCCGAAGGUCAAUGCCUAUUUUCACAUGCUCGUCUGCCAGACCGACUAAAGGAAAAUAGGAAGGUGUUUUCGAGGAAAGGACACCAUCAAAGUGCAAGUAAGUGCAGUCAAAGUUUGAGUUAAGUGCGGGCAUAGCUGGGGAAUCCACAUUACUUGAGCUUUCCAAGUGUCAUUAGCAGGACCUGCUAUAAUAGGUGCGGAGAAUGCGGAAUGAAAUAUGUUCAGUUGCCAUACGCGUGUCAAUAUACUGCGGCAGACGCAUACUUCCUACACAUCUAAAAAACUUGAGAAGUGACAAUGGCAUAAAGAAGCCCUGGCGGACGUCCCUGAUUGCGCCUGCAGUCAGGUGGUAUUCUUGCAAGCCUGUGGUAAAGAUCAGAAAUUAGGAGGGAACUAUACAUGGAUGGAAGGGGAAUGGUAAAGGACGCACCAGCCACUAGGAUAAUUGCAAUUUUGGUAGGGGUAUGCACACCCAGAUACAAUAAUCUGGGUAAGAUAUUGUCUCAUUAAUGCUUGGGUGGAUAGACUCUAAAGGGGAUUAUUGAAAUCUCCGUCUCGUCAGGGCUUUCUGUGAGAAGCUACGCCUCCGGGUUCUAACCUGAUUAUCUAAUAAGUCACGUCUGGAAAACUUGUUGAAUACUGAUUCGCGAACCGCACGGUUUGAUAACGGUGAGCACGAACACUACAGUUUCUCAACAUCACUAAGUAUGGCAAUCAUCCGAGACAUGGCACAGUAGGGAUUGCAUGGUUUAUCUCUACCGUAAAAAGACCUUCAUUAGUGUCUUCAGAGAGAAUUGAAUCCCCAUAAACUCGAAGAUUCUACGAACAUCCAACAGCGCCGGUUGUGAGCAGAACAGCAUGAAACCUGGCAAAACCAAAAAAGACUUCGACCCAAAUAUGUGCUUUGAGGACAAAACUUCCCAUGGCUGUUAGCGGAAAUACUAAUGAAUUAUGAGAACCUGAAUUCCAACCUCGUCUUGACUGUCUGAAAAUUUGUAGUGCGCAGACUGAUGCGGAAUAUUUCGUCAGGCUCCUUAAAUUUGCGAUUCCAGUUAGAGGCAAUAGCCAACUCCAUACGAUAUCUGUACUAGCCCUACUUCUGCGAAUAGGUCGGUGAGACCAGUUUAAAGUGUUUGAUUUCGUCUGCCAAGGUCGUAACCAUAGCCUGGUCUCUACGACGUAGUACUUGCUGAAGUGGCCGCCCAUCCCGUGACUUUUCUUAGAGCGAGCACUUAACGGCGCUCAAAUUUAAGUGGCAUGGACUACUUACCAGUCGGCGGGCACUAGUAAGAACGCCGAGGAUGUCUAAAAGCUUUAGUAAGAUCGAGUCUUAAUUCAGUACCACUGCAUCUUAAUACUGAUGUCCUGAGACGCAGACGAAGAGUGACUUCAACAAAAUGUGUUCGUCCUUUGAAGUUGGAUGCACUCUGGCGGGAGGGGAGACAACCGCCCCGACAACACAGUCAGCAGUGA